GUCCACGAUUUGGCUCUUCUCUUUCUUUCGUUUACGGUGGCUGCAUCCAGCACGCACAGUCGCCCUUGACGAUCCCUCCCUCUUCUGUUCUGCAAUUCUCUUCUUUCUCGCCGCCGCCACCGCCGCCAGCCACGCCGCCUCUUCCUCAGUAAUCCAUUUCCUUCUCUCCGAAAAGCCUGUACCUUGUAGAACUCACUAAACAAUGGGUGAUUAUCACUUUGUGUACAAGGAUGUUGAAGGAGCCUCCACUCAGUGGGAUGAUAUUCAGAGAAAGUUGGGAAACCUACCUCCAAAGCCUGCUCCAUUCAAGCCACCAGGCUUCACGCCUGCCCAAGAUGAGGCAUCCGUCUCCAAAGACAAGUCUUGGAUUGAUCAGAAGACUGAAGAGGAGCUUGAAGACCUUGAGGAUGAUCUAGAUCUUGAUGAUGACAACUUUCUCCAAGAGUAUAGGAAAAAGAGGUUGGUCGAGAUUAGAGAAGCAGCUAAAAUCUCUAAAUUUGGAUCAGUAAAUCCAAUAUCAGGGUCAGAUUUUGUGCGUGAGGUUUCACAGGCUCCGUCUGAUGUUUGGGUUGUCGUUAUUCUCUACAAAGAAGGAAUUCAAGAAUGCGAUGUGUUGAUGAAUUGUUUGCAAGAACUGGCCACGAGAUAUCCAGCCACAAAAUUUGUUAAAAUAAUAUCCACAGAUUGCAUUCCCAACUACCCAGAUUGUAAUCUUCCUACUUUGUUAGUUUACAACAAUGGUGCAGUGAAAGCAAAUUAUGUGGGCCUUCGAAGUUUCGGCAGAAGAUGCACUCCAGAAGGUGUUGCAUUAGUUCUUUGUCAAGCAGAUCCAGUGCUGAAUGAUGGUCAGUCUGGAAACGAUGAAUCGAGAAAAUCCAUGCUCGAAGGCGUACGCAGAAAGAUAAUUGAGAAAGUGGUGAGAGAUCAUGAAGAUGGGAUUGACGAUGGGUCUUCGAGUGAUUAGUUUUUGAAUCGAUCGGGUUUUUCUUUUCUAACGCCCUCUGUUUUAGUUGCUGGAGAUUGAAAAGUACUGUUUGGUUACUGCUCAUUCUAUCGAAUGUUUUAUUAUAUAAUGUAUGCUUAUGUGAUGUGUGCUGCUAUGUGGAUGUUAGACUCAUCAGAUAUUCAAAUUGCAUCAAAUCUAAGCCUAAAAUGAAGCCAAUUGAAUUA